CACAUAAACACUUCGAUAGCCUUGCAAGUCCGCUAAAGAUGUUGGACAGGUUUCGAUUCAAUGUAAAAAACUAUAGGUACCAAAAAAAAAACAAGAAACUUGUCCUAAUUCGAGUUCAUUUCAGCUUAAAAAUAAAGGUUAUUUUUUUCAAGAGUGAAUUAUGGAUAAAAUAUUCCACAGUUUGUAUCGCGAUCUUAUCAAAAUGUCACGUAAUAUCUACGUUCAUUUCGCCAAUUUAAUUUCUGAAAAAAAAACAUUCGUACGAAAAAAAUAUACUUAGAUCGCGUUGAGUUUUUUAUGCAAAAAUGAUUCAUUUUUUGCGAACAACAUAAGUGGAAAAAUAAAAUCCCGAUUACGUAGUUUGAUUCAAUAAUAAUUGAACGAUAGACGCCCACGAGAAAACACCGCAAAGUUAUUUUAUAAUAUAACAGGUAUAAAUUCGAAAGCAAUCGCGAAACUCAUCAUUUUCAUGAAGUGCGAAAAAUGGCUCGUGAUAUUGUUCUUGUGUUAAUUGUUUUUGUAUCGAUCGUAUUAUUUUCUAAUGCAAAUGGAUCGAAAAGAAGUAAUUCGUUCAGUGAUUUAGGAGCAUCGGAUACCUAUUUAACCCCGCUGAAAAUUGUCAGAAAACACGGAUACCCAAGUGAAGCACACGCAGUCAAGUCUCAAGACGGAUAUAUCUUGGAACUGCAUAGGAUUCCUCAUGGCAAAUCAGGACCAGGAGACAAGAAAAGAACACCCAUAUUCAUACAUCAUGGAUUACUUUCAUCGUCCAUUGACUGGAUAGUAAAUGGACCUGAUAAAUCACUAGGUUAUAGGUUGGCUGAUGAAGGGUACGAUGUGUGGUUAGCCAAUGCCAGAGGAAAUAGAUUUUCGAGGAGUCAUGUGAGGUAUAGUCCUCGACAGAAGGAGUUUUGGGAUUUCAGUUUUCACGAAAUGGGUUUCUAUGACUUACCCGCUGCUAUUGAUCACAUUUUGGAGAUGACAGGCGAAGAGCAAGUGAUCUACAUCGGCCAUUCAUUGGGAACAACAGUAUUCUACGUGAUGGCUUCCACUUUACCUGAAUAUAACAAAAAAAUCAAGUUCCAGAUUAGCUUAGCUCCUGUAACCGCAAUUACUCAUACGACCUCAGCAUACAGACUACUGGUUCCUCAAGCUAAAAUGCUAAUUAAUAUGUUGGACUGGUACAACAAAGGAGCUUUCUUGGAGAACGACGUGGUGACCAGAGUAUUUAUGAACUUCUAUUACGGUGACGCAAAUGUUCUCUAUAGUAUUUUCGGAAAAGAUCCGGAUCAAUUUAAUACAACUCUGUUUCCGAUAAUUUCGAGUAAUUUUCCUGCAGGAACGUCGGGUAAAAAUCUGAUUCAUUGUGCACAACUGAUCAGCACUGGCACAUUUUCACACUACGAUUACGGAAAGACUGAAAAUAACAGAAGAUAUGGUUCCUCUGUCCCACCCAAAUAUAAUAUUAACAAAAUUAAUGUACCAGUGAGACUUUACUCUGGCGAAAAUGAUCUGUUAUCGAAUCCUAUAGAUACCAAACUGUUAUACCAAAAACUCGCUAAACCUUUGGGUCUGAAAAGAAUAAACUACGAUAAAUUCAACCACGUAGAUUUUCUAUGGGCAAACGACAUUAAUCAGCUUUUGAAUGACGAGAUAAUCGAAUUCAUCAACAAUUCAACAGAUCCCCUUAACGGAUUCAAUUUCAUUCAAGAUAAUAUCAACGAGGCUAUAAACAACAGAAGCUUGAGUCCGGCCCCAGUAGAUGUACCUUUUGAUAGGAAAGCAUUUAUGACCAAGAUUGGCAAAGAUAUGCGUCAAUUUUCUCCUCUACGAAUGUUAUUGCCAAUAACUAAUGAAAAUAAUGAAAAGGAGAAAAGGCAAGCUAUCAGACAAAAAAUUUCAAAUGUUCGAAAUGCAGUAGAAUUUGAUUUUAAGAACUGAAAAUUCUCAAAAAAAAAAUCAAUAACGGACAUUUUUGGACUUUUGGCUUUUGGGUUGUAAUAGCCUUGGGUGCUGAUUUUGGAUACCUAAUUGAUGAUUCAAUCGAUAAAAUAAAGGUACUCAAUUUUGAUGACUUUCGUGUAAACAAGACUGAUCUGAACAGACUCCAAUCAGUAAUCAAUCAUUCGCUAUGGGGCCCGCCAUAAAGAAAUAUUCGAGAGAACGAUUGUUAGAGUUAGUUGAGAAAUUAUCAACUUUGCAGUUAGCAGCGUGAAUACGUUUUUAAGUUCAUGGGAGAAAUGGUUAUUUUAUAAGAGCGACAGAACAGAACCAUUUUUGAAGAUUAAUUUCAUGGAGAAAAAACAGAUUCCAAACAUCUGCUGCAAUUGUUUUCAUUAUUUCACAGAAUUUUUUUCGCUACACAAAUUAUACCUACCAAUUUAUUUUUGAAAACUAUAAAUUCCAGAUAAAUUAUGCUUCAACAAGACUGACAUUGUAGGUAUCUACUUAUAAAUUAAUUACAUAUAAAUAAGCAAACUUUCAAAAUAAAUAAAUUUUUCAAUUUCUCA